CGCGCGCCUCGAUCCUCGCACCCGGAGCUCUGCCGCGUGUCCCGAUCCUGGCGCUCCCUCCUCCGCUCCCCGCUCCUCUUCUCCGUCCGAUCCGCCCUGGGCGCCGCAGAGCCCGUGCUCUGCCUCAACCUCCGCUCCCCCACCGACCAGUCGCGGUGGCUCCUCCUCCACCGGGGUCGCCGGAACCCUAGCCCCCUCCCCGCGCCGCCGCUCCCCUCCCUCGGCUCCGCCGCCGCCGCGCUCGGCCCCUUCCUCUUCGUCCUCGGCGGCUCCCUCGGCGGCGUCCCCUCCGCCGCCGUCCAGGUGCUCGACGCGCGCCUCCCCCGCUGGUCCCUCGGCCCCCGCAUGUCCGCGCCCCGCGAGUUCGCCGCCGCCGCCGCCCUCGGCGGCCGCAUCUACGCCGUCGGCGGCUGCGUCCCUAUAUCCGAGGCCUGGGCCGAGUCCCUCGACCCCUCGGCCUCCUCCGCCGCCGCCGCGUGGGUUGUCGUGCCGAGUCCGGCGCACGUCCGGGAGAAGUGGAUGCACGGGAGCGCCGUGCUCGCGGGGCGGCUCCUCGCGGUGGCGGAUCGCGGCGGGGUGGUGUACGACCCGGCGGCGGAGCCGCCGUGGGCGGCGGUGGCGCCGGGGCUCGAUCAGGGGUGGAGGGGGAGGGCGGCGGCGGUGGGGGGGAUCCUAUACUCGUACGAUUUCCUAGGGCACAUCAAAGGGUACGAUCCGGAACUGGAUGAGUGGAAGCGGGUGGAGGGGGUGGAGCGGGAGCUCCCAAAAUUCUUGUGCGGGGCAACACUUUCGAACCUGGGAGGAAUGCUGUGUGUGGUGUGGGAAGGGAAGGAGAAGGGAGAUCGCAGGAAGAAGGAGAUGGUGAUCGAUUGGGCCGGGAUUGAGGUCUCGAGAACGAGCGACGGGGGACUGAAAGGGAGGGUUUUGUGGGUGGAGUCUAUCGAGUUGGCGGUGCCAAGAGGGUCUUUCAUAGCUCAUUGCUUGGCUUUGGAGCUCUGAGCUUUGUGUGUGGCACAUUCGAAAGAUCGAAACUUCGGUUCCUGCAUCAUCCUAAUGCUCGAUUUCGGUAGAUAAGGAUAUCCAAUAAUGAGUUCACAUGGUUCGGCUUCUGGGUUAAUAAUGUGCAAGGUUAAACUUUGAAGUGGUUUGAACAGCUGCAGUUCCAAUCCUCAGAUGAGCCAGGUCAUGUUGAUAUUCUUUUCAAAUUCACAGAACUUGAUUUUCUGUAUAUAAGUAGGUUAAAUUCUCAGCUGUGUUCAUCUUUUGUAAAUAACAAAUCAGUUUAGUUUAAUUGGGAAUUUGUUCCUUUCUGAAACUCUUUCGUUUUUUGUAUUAAUUGUAUUAUUUUGCUAGAAGGGAGAAAGAACUCAAUUGAACCAGUGAGCUGUUUGUUUGUGUCACUUGAGAAAAACGUUAUGGAACAUUAUGUCAUUAAAGUUAAAAUCCUCUCUAGUAUCA